GCAAAGAAUAAUAUUCCAAUUCCUUUGAGUCUUCCUCUUCCGUUGCGAUUCCAUCUCGUCGUUUCCGAUGCCUCUUUUCUUUCUCUAAAUUCUCGCUCCACAUUCAUAUCCUUUCUCCACUCUCGGUCUUCUCGCAAAGAAUCCCGGCCAUCAGUUGAGAGUAAGUCUUUGAAAAUGGCCGGUGACAGUGAACCAAAUGAGAAUCAUGUUACAUCCGGUGACAAUAGUGAAUCUCCAGAAAACGAGAGUGACGUAUCGAUUGAUGCAUUGGCGAGGAAGGUGCAAGAAUCUUUGUCACUUGCAAAGAGGCAUAAGUUUUGGGAAACCCAGCCUGUAGGACAGUUCAAUGAACUCGGUGAUACGAGCCUGCCUGAAGGUCCGAUUGAGCAGCCAACGCCACUUUCCGAGGUCAAGCAGGAGCCCUACAACCUCCCAUAUCCUUACGAGUGGAUAACAUGUGAUAUAGACUCGGAAGAGGUUUGUGCUGAGGUGUACAAUUUGCUGACCAACAAUUAUGUUGAGGACGACGAGAACAUGUUCAGGUUCAAUUACUCGAAAGAGUUUCUUCGGUGGGCACUCCGCCCUCCUGGUUAUUUCAGGAGCUGGCACAUAGGGGUUAGGGUGAAGAGUUCAAAAAAGUUGGUUGCGUUCAUUACUGGCAUCCCUGCAAGAAUCCGGGUUCGUGACACUGUUGUGUUGAUGGCGGAAGUAAACUUCCUGUGUGUUCACAAGAAGCUCCGAUCAAAAAGGCUUGCUCCAGUCAUGAUCAAAGAGGUUACCCGGAGGGUCCAUCUCGAGAAUAUCUGGCAAGCGGCCUAUACUGCUGGUGUUGUCCUUCCUACGCCCGUCACAACUUGUCAGUAUUGGCAUAGAUCUUUGAACCCAAAGAAGCUCAUUGAUGUUGGGUUUUCUAGGCUUGGUGCGAGGAUGACAAUGAGUCGCACAAUCAAGCUGUACAAGCUAUCAGAUCAGACGGCCACACCCGGUUUCAGGAAAAUGGAGCCUCAUGACGUCCCUGCAGUCACUCGUCUGCUUAGGAACUAUCUGCAGCAGUUUGCUGUUGCGCCAGACUUUGAUGUGGAUGACGUAGAACACUGGCUGCUUCCGAAGGAGGAUGUUGUGGAAAGCUAUCUGGUCGAAAGCCCUGAAACUCAUGAGAUUACCGACUUCUGCAGUUUUUACAGUCUCCCUUCUUCCAUACUAGGCAGCCAGAACCAUUCUGUUUUGAAGGCUGCGUAUUCUUAUUACAAUGUUUCGACCAAGACUCCGUUGCUUCAGCUAAUGAGUGAUGCCCUCAUUGUUGCCAAGAAGAAGGACUUUGAUGUGUUCAACGCUCUGGAUGUCAUGCACAACGAGACCUUCUUGAAAGAACUGAAAUUCGGCCCGGGAGAUGGCAAACUUCACUAUUACCUCUACAACUAUCGGCUAAAGCAUGUUUUGAGAUCGUCGGAGCUAGGCCUUGUGCUCUUAUAGAGUCGACUUCUAUGGAUUUCCUGCCCAGUCCUGGCUUGGCCAUUUUUCGUAACUUGAUCCAACUCUUCUUGUUUCAUUGUUGAAACAAAUGUUCUUGAAGAGAACCCGAUAUGUGCAUCAACAAUUGAUGAUUAACAUCUGUGCUGAAUUUUGAUUUUCAUUCAUAUUUUGAACUUAUUUGCCUUGUGCUGUUGUAUUCUGCCCAAACCGGGGCGAAUGUGUGUGCUGUUAGAUCAUAGAUGAGUUCCCUUUGUAAGUCUGAUGCACUGUGCGUUUCGAGUUAGUUUAAAUGAGCUUAAUGGAAAAUAUUGAAUUGAGGAAUGUUGUUUCGAAA